ACCAUUUUCAAAAUUUUCCUCCUCACUUAUAAAAAACAAGUUAGGCAGAAUACCAUGAUAAUCACUUCUCUGUGUUCUGAGAUCAAACUCUUUGUUGCCUGUUCUUAGCGUUUUGUCUUUCUCAGCAACCAUGACCUCGCUUGCACAGGGCUUUGGUAAAUCGCUUGCUUUGACCAUGGUAUCGGAGAUUGGAGAUAACUCGUUUAUUGCUGCUGCGAUUCUGGCAAUGCGUCAUCCAAGGAAACUUGUCUUGUCCGGUUGCCUGACGGCUGUAAUUACAAUGACUGUUCUUUCUGCUGCUCUUGGAUGGGUUGCUCCGAAUCUGAUCCCUCGCAAAUGGACGCACCACAUAACAACAGGGUUGUUCUUUUUAUUUGGGAUUUGGUCUUUAUGGGAUGCAUUAACUGAGGAAGAGGAGGACGAAGUAGCUGAAUUUGAAGCAAAAUUGGAUGCUGAUUCCAAGGCCAAGAAAGGGAAAACCAAAGAGGGUAAUGAGGCUGAUGAUGAAGUGAAAAAGCAGAGGAGGCCAUUUCUUGCAGGGUUUUUCUCCCCCAUAUUUUUGAAGGCAUUUUCCCUCACUUUUUUUGGCGAAUGGGGUGACAAGAGUCAGCUUGCUACUAUAGGUUUGGCUGCAGAUGAGGACCCAAUUGGAGUAGUUCUAGGUGGAAUUGUAGGACAAAUAUUGUGUACCACUAUUGCUGUCAUUGGAGGAAAGAGUUUGGCAUCACGGAUAUCUGAGAAAGUGGUUGAACUUGCAAGUGGAGUUCUAUUCAUGAUUUUUGGAAUUCAGUCCUUCCUCUCAGAGGUUGAGGCAUGAUGCCAACAAGCUUGCAAAUGAUUAGUACCAGAUUUCAUGUCAUAAAAUACCAUCGUUGGA